AUGCCGUUACCGUCCGUGACGCCCCUCCACGUCGACUCCUUUACUUUCCCUCCGGAUAUCACGUCGCCCGCUUCCUCUAAAAAGCUUUUCCUCGGCGGCGCAGGGGUACGAGGGUUUGAGAUUGAAGGCAAGUUCGAGAUUGUGACUGUCAUCGGAGUUUACCUAGAAGCUAUCGCAGUGCCGUCACUUUCCGUUAAGUGGAAGGGCAAGAACGCAAAGGAGUUAACGGAUUCCAUCUCCUUCUUCCGUGUGUUUGAGAAAUUCACAAGGGUGACGAUGAAAGUGAAAUUAAGUGGAACACAAUACUCGGAGAAAGUAGCUGAAUACUGCGAGGAGAUCUUGAAAUCGUCAGGGAAAUACACACAAAGUGAGGCCAAAGCCAUCGAAAAAUUCCUGAAGGUCUUCAAAGACCACGAUUUCCCUCCAGGCUCUUCAAUCCUCUUCGCUAUCUGCCCUAAAGGCACUCUCACAAUUGCAUUUUCGAAAGACGAGAAAGUCCCGAGAAGUGGAAAUGCAGUGAUCAAGAAUAAGCUGUUUGGUGAGGCAAUUAUUGAAUCUAUGAUUGGAAAGAAUGGCGUGUCCCCUGAAACUAAGAAGAGCCUCGCUCGGAGAUUCGCUAAGCUGAUGGAGCAAAGCAACGCACCCAACACAUUUGCUACACAGAAUUAAAUGAUCAUUAAUCCAACGCCUUACGCUUUAAUUAGCCCUCUCACUAAACUCAAAUAAAUCGCUAAAGAAUGUUAUUAUGAUUAUUAUAUGACCAACUUAAUUAA